ACCAGUCCACUGCACCAGCACCUCCCACACUCAAAGUCACAAACACACCCAUAGCCGGCGAGCUAGCUCCUCCCUGAGAGUCCCAAUACAAGAGCAACUCCGCUACCGAAGCGCCGUACGGUCUCGCAGCUCCUGCCGGCAACAAACAACCUAUAGCCAGCGCCCCCGGCGCCGUCCCCAUGGCCAGCCUCGGCAACGGCGCUUACGCGGGAGCGAACCCGCCGGUCUCCUCCUGGGCCUCCGGCCUCUGCGGCUGCUUCCACGACGUCAGCGGCUGCUGCCUGACGCUAUGCUGCCCGUGCGUCACCUUCGGGAGGAUCGCCGAGAUCCUCGACCAGGGAAACUCAUCGUGCUGUGCGAACGGGCUGCUGUACAUGCUGCUGGCCUCGACGACGGGGCUGGGCUGCCUCUACUCCUGCACCUACCGCUCCAAGCUGCGGGGGCAGUACGGGCUCAAGGAGAAGCCCUGCGGCGACUGCUGCGUCCACAUGUUCUGCGAGGCCUGCGCCCUCUGCCAGGAGUACCGCGAGCUCAAGAACCGCGGCUUCGACAUGGCCAUCGGGUGGCACGCGAACAUGGAGAGGAUGGGGAAGGGCGCUCCGACCGUCGCGCCCCAGAUGCACCCGGGGAUGACUCGUUAGUAUGUCGCCGCAUGCAUCUGCCGAUCCAUCGAAUGUGCAUGCAGAUGCGGUCACCCAUCUGUCGCCCAUGAUUAGUGUCGCUGUGUCGGCUUCCAGCUUAAUUAAGGAGGGAAAACAAGAUGUCAUCAGUUCCAGUUAAUUUCUAUAUGUCGCAAGGUUGAUUUGUGAAGAGUUCUUUUUUUAGGGAUUGUUUUGUGAGAGUUGUGUACUUGUGCGUGUGUGCUUUCCUGUUGCAAGUCGUCCUCCAUCAGGCCACCCCCACCACAGGUUUCUGUGUAGACUUUUCAAUAAGGUUUAAGAUCGGCCUCACUGUAAAAACUGUUCGCUCUCUCACUCUAGUCACUGUAUGUAAUGCCCUUUUUUAACCUUCAAAAGCCUGCUUGCAAAAGGCAGCAUUUUUUUCUG